UAUGCAACUGUUCCAGCGGAUAAAGUAAUAAUGAUAAGAAAAGGUGAUAUACCGGCUAGUCGUCGGUUAGAAAUUGAUUGGAGACGUAUCGGUGAAUUUGAUCCAUACAAUGAUGCUGGAUAUUAUACGUGUUUUGUAAAUAAUACUGAAACAAACGGAUCAAGAACGAUUAAGAUACCAGCCGAUAAAGUUCCUGUUCUGU